AUGCGUCUACAUAUCCGGUUGAUACUGGUACUUUUGUUCUUUAUAAAUGUAUUUGCUCUAGUUUUUAUGUAUUUUGACCUUAUGGAUGGAAGUAGUUCGGAUGUUGUGAUAAAGAAUACAGUAAAGCCGCAUGAGCUGUGUGUCCUCGUGCCCUAUAGAGAUAGAAGAGAAGAAUUAUCAGAGUUUGCUCCACAUCUUAGCCGUUUCCUGAAAAAUCAGCAUGUGCUCCAUCGUAUUUUAGUUUUAAAUCAGACAGACGAAUAUCGAUUCAAUAGGGCAUCUCUUAUAAAUGUCGGAUGGUAUGAAGCUGACAGAUUGGGAUGUGAUUAUUUGGUUAUGCACGAUGUAGAUCUCCUACCCCUCAAUCCAGAUGUAGACUAUAGUUUUCCUGAAGUUGGAGUAAUACGACAUAUUUCCUCUCCUCAAUAUCAUCCCAAAUACAACUACACCAAAUUCAUCGGAGGUAUCCUGAUGACGACCAUGAUUGAUUAUAAUUUACUAAAUGGAAUGUCGAACAAGUAUUGGGGAUGGGGAUUAGAAGAUGACGAGUUCUACCUCCGAAUAAGUGAGAGUUCACUUAACUUGACUCGGGUGAGUGGUUUGUCCACAAAUCGAAAGAACACUUUUCGGCACAUACAUGGACGAAACAGGAAAAGGGAUUAUGCUGUUGUUACCAAAGAUCAGAGAGCCAUGAAGAGAAAGCGUGACAGAAUAUCUGGUCUAUCGAAUGUACAAUAUUCGAUUGCUGCUCGACGACUACUCGAAUUGCCUGACGCUCUAGUUAGUGUUAUAGAUGUGAGUCUGGUUUGUAACCGAACCUGGACUCCCUACUGUACUAUGCCGUCCACUUAA